UUCAAAAUCUCGUCCUCUUUUGAGUCCGCCUCCCCACCUCUCUCCUCCCCCCUCUUCACUACCCCAUUUCAUUUCACGUGCUCUCGUAACGUGGUGGUAAAGGGUCUGACGGUUGACCUACAUAAUGAGCCGUCCAGUCCAUCUCUCGCGCUUGACAAUGUGAGCAGUCAAUGUGCCUUAGUUCCGAUAAACGAAUGUUGUGCCUUUUGGAUAAUUCCGAAAACAGAGAAGUCCACUGUGCAACAAGGUGAAGACAUCCCCUACGAGCAAAGAUACGGUUAUAGUGAGACUGGGUUAACCAUGGCACCUCGAGGGAAAAUGAUCGCGGACUUCUGGACUGUGUGCACAACUGUGCUGUGUCUGCUCUUGUGUAUCCGAACCGUCGUCACGGACGAAGAAAAUAGCGAAUACUGGCGCCAGGUGGGACGAUACGCUCUAAGGCGAGCGAUCACAGUUGCCCGUCACCAGAACAAGAACUUGGCGCGAAAUAUUGUCCUGUUCAUCGGCGACGGAAUGGGGAUUUCUACAGUGACGGCUGCCAGGUCUGUCCACCGGCAUCGUGUCCAACUCCCGAGUGACCCACGCCACGCCGGCCUCGGCCUACGCGCACACACCCAACAGGGGCUGGGAGGGUGACGUAGAUCUCCUGUCAUCUGGGCCGGAGUGUCGGGGAGUCGACGAUAUCGCCAAACAGCUGGUCAUGAACAACGCGGACAUCAAGGAGUGGGAGAAGGACAAAGAAAACCGGGGCGCCACUCACAGCUACGUCUGGAACAAGACUCAGUUUGACCAGCUGGACUUGGACAACACGGACUAUCUGCUUGGCUUGUUUAGCCCAAGUCAUAUGGACAUUUUCGAUGAGGAGACUGCCAACAACGAGACAGAGCUGUCACUGGCAGAUAUGACGGAGGCCGCCCUAAAGGUCUUGGAAAAAGACAAUAGAGGCUAUUUCCUAAUGGUUGAAGGCGCUCGCAUCGACUGGGGCCACCACGUAAACUCCGCCUACACGGCUAUUCAUGAGACAAUCGCGAUGGACGAGGCGGUGGAGAGGGCGUUCCUUAGGACGAGCAGGCGAGACACGCUUAUCCUGGUGACAGCUGACCAUAGCCACGCCUUCUCCAUCCAGGGCUACGCCCCUCGCGGGCACGACAUACUCGGUGUAACUGCACCAGACUCCAACAGUGUUCCCUUGGACGGUUUACCCUAUACGACCCUGGGCUACACCAACGGUCCCUUCUCUGGCAGACAUGACGUCACAGGGGUCGAAACAGACUCUCCGGACUACCGGCAGCCCGGCUGUGUUCCCCUGGGCGUGGAGACUCACGCCGGCGAGGACGUGGCAGCGUACGCCGUGGGUCCCAUGGCUCACCUCCUACACGGCACGCAAGAACAGAACUACUUGUACCACAUCAUGGAGUAUGCCGCCUGUGUGGGCUACAGUGAGCGGUACUGCAGCAACAGCUACACUCACGACAGACACGGAUAGACCCGGAGGGAGGACCGACUGUGGAAUGUGGAGGAGCUAUUGCUUUGGUCUUCGUCAACGCCUACUGUAUGAUUAUUACAAACAUACAGUUAUAGGCGUUGGUCGUUGUUCUUUGGUCUUUGACCUACCAUGUACGAUGAAAAUAAUAAAAAUAGAUACAGCCAGAAUCAA